AUGGGUCCUUCAAAUCAUGAUGAUGAUGGUCGCAAAGAAGAGCCGACUGACCUGAAAGCCAUUAUUAUCACCAUCCACGUUCUUUUGACAGUUGCCACUGUUUUUGGCAAUUCUCUUGUGAUCAGAGCGUUUUAUAAAUUUUCAAGCCUGCGGAGUGCUUCUAACGCCAUUCUGGUGAGUUUGUCAGUGGCGGACAUUUUUAUGACGGUUUCUUUCAUUUUAAAGAUUGCGAACAUAAUUGUCGGAAAGACACCAUCGCCGCGCGUAAUAUGCAGCGUCGCUUCAACAGUCAGCCUGACUUUCAACGCCAUAAUUAUUCUGCAUCUCGCUUUAAUCAGUGUGGAACGCUUCAUCGCCAUCAAAUUCGCCUUGAGGUAUCAAAUGAUAGUGACUAAUCGCCGAGCAACGAUUGCUUCCGUCGUAGUGUGGCUUUGGGGAAUUGCUGUUGUAUUGAUCUUUCCCCAGGCGUUGAAGUCAGAGGAGCUGCAAGUGUUUAAGGAGUUUUUACAGGCGUUGUCUCCGUGCUUCCAUCGUCAUCACGAGCCCUUCCGUUUACAGUCAACAUCCGUCAGAUCAUACCUUGUUUUCUUGGUGGUAUCAUUACUGGUCAUGCCCAUUGUGAUUAUUAUGAUGUCGUACAGUUAUAUUUUCAAAGUUGCUUGGAAUCAGCGGAGACAAAUUCGGGAAGAAAACAACUUGCAAGGAAAACUCACCGGGAGGCGUGAAAUGAAAGGAGCCCGUACUGCGGCCAUUGUG